GUGGUCGGUUGACGUCCCCCGACGAGAUGGGCUGCGGCAUGGUGUCCCAGAGGGGGGCCUCUGUGGAGGUCCACCACCCCCUGGCCCACGAUGCCGCUUCGAGGGCCGCGGGCGCGAGGGUCGUCACCGCCGGCAGCGAGGCGUCCGGGGGCGGCCACCCCCCGCAGGAG